AUGGAAGGAGAGGCGCAGUCGCCGCUGGGUCUGGGCGGAACGGGGGGCGACGCGCAGCCGCCGCUGGGUCUGGACGGAACGGAGGGCGACGCGCAGCUGCCGUCGGCGUGUGUGUCCAAGGUGCUCGACGACGACAACCUCCUGACGGAGAUCAUCGUCCGCGUCGGCUUCCCCACCAGCCUCGUGCGCGCCGCCGGCGUCUGCAGGCGCUGGCUCAGCCACGCCUCCGAUCGCGCUUUCCUCCGCUGUUUCCGCGAGCUCCACCCGCCCACACUCCUCGGCUUCUACAUCAAAGGCCUCCAUAAGGGGGCCACACGCUUUGUCCCAAUGCUGCCUCAGCCCCCGGAGCUCGCUGCCGUCGUCCGCCGCGCAGACUUCCGCUUGGACACCUACGACUCAGAUACCAAUCAGAUGUUGAUGGCGGUCUGCCGGAACGGCAGCGUCGUCACCAGCUGGCACAAGGUAAAAAGCCCCAGAGAUGAAAUUGCAUUUACAGUGCAAUACCCGCUGUGCUAUGGUAGAGAUAUGACCAUCCUCCCAGGAUUAAGCCUCACAAUCGAGGAAUUCGGUUACUCCACCACUUGGACACGGCUCUUCUCCAAAGAAGAAGGGGAUGGCUUGUCCAUCUUUUUUCUCGUCGUGGAGAUCAUAAGAAAACCUGUGCAUGUGUAUACGUUGCAAAAUGGUGAUGGUGCCUGGCGCAAACAUCUUACCUUGGCCGACUGCGACCUGCAUCCAGGACUUGGUUGCAGAGCUGUGCUGUCCGGCAACAAAAUCUAUGCGGUGAGCUCAAUGAAAGACAUUGUUGUCGUGGAUUUGAAGGCCUCAAUCUCAUCGACAAUUCCGGCCCCACACGGGGUGGAUUUUGAACUACUGGACACCGUCAUGUUGCCGCGGGCUGAUGAUGGUUCUGGUGUGUAUCUCAUCCAUAUCAAGGAGCUUCAACUUCACAUCUGGCUCCACAAUGGGGACAACUGGUUGCUGGUGGACACCAUUUGCUUGACUGAAAUAUGUGCUGAUUUGCUUGAGGAUGAUUCUAGUGUUGAUUUCACGAUUAUCCAUGUGGGGGACUAUAAUGAGUUUGUGUUCUUGGAGAUGGAUCAAUGCAUACUCUACUUGGAUAUCAAACGCAGGACCCUGCGCAGAGUGUCAAGGGAGUAUGAUUUGUUUGAAAUCUAUCCUUUUAUGAUGAGCUGGCCUCCCAUCUUCCCUGUGCUCAUGGAUAGCCCUUCAAGGGAUGCCACUUGA